AUGGCAGGAGUCCCAGAGGAGAGCAGGAUCCAGUCUUUGGGGACGGAGGAGGCUGCACCUGUGCGACGAGGGCUGAAGCCAGCAGAGAUCAGAUUCUCUCUACAGAGACCUCUACAGCACAGAGAUCCAGACAUGGCACCUACAAUCACUGCAGCAAUCACCAACUCUCAGGAGCAUCUGACUCUGACCCACAAGCUCAGAAAGCCUCUGGUGGAGAAGUUACGCAGAGAGCGAAUCAACAGCAGCAUCGAGCAGCUCAAGUCUCUCCUGGGUCCAGACUUCCUCAAACAGCAGCCAGACUCCAAGCUGGAGAAAGCUGACAUCCUGGAGAUGACCGUUUGU